AUGACUGAAGAUUUAGAGCAAACAUUGUAUAAUGACUUAAAAUUAGGAGGUGUAAUUUUAGUUUUAUAUUAGGUUCUUCUAGAAUCUCAGAUUCAUUUAGACCAUAACUAAUUCAUCUAGAUAUGUAAGACAUACCUUUCAAAGAGAACUCUGAAUCAGAUUCUGUGCCACAAGCAAAUUCUUUAAGAAAUCUACGAUUUAAAGAUAUCAGUAUUUCCAAGAGUAAAAAUUAAGAUAUGAGUCCUUUUAAGGGUUUUCAAUAAUAAAAUAAUUAAUAAGAUAAGAAUGAUAAGCAGAAGUAAUCAAGAAAUAGUGGUAUGGCAAAAAUGUUGGUAAUUAAUAAUCUGGUGAAAUAAUUUAUUGAGAAAUUAAAAAAGAAGGCAUAUAUAUUACCAAGAAUUCUUGGUGAAUAAAUAAGUGAAAAUUUGAGAGAAGUGUUGAAUAAAAAAAAAAAUUGGAAAAAGAUUAAAUAAAUUUAGAUUUUUGAAGAUGGUGGAAAAAAAUAAAUAUAGAGAAAACUUCCUGUAUUUAAUCCUGCAAGUAAAGUGAUGUUAAUAUGGGAAUUUUUUAGAGCUCUUUAAUUAACAAUAUUGUUAUGGUGGUUGCCAUUUAAAAUUGCCUUUAAUCCAUCUUCAAGUAAAAAUAUUAAUGCUUUUGAGAGUGCUUUAACAUAUAUUUUUGCAGCAGAUUUAGUAAUUAAAUUUAAUAGAGGUAUAUUUGAUUAAGGUAAAUUGAUAAAAAAUAGAAUUAACAUUCUGAAACAUUAUGUCUCUAAUGAAAUGCAUGAGGAUAUUAUAUAUUUUAUUACAUUAAUAUUUGUAAUAAGUGAUAUAGGAAUAAAGGCAAGUGGAUUUUAAGAGGUAAUUGUAUUAUUACAAUUUGGUUUGAAUUUUAUUAAAUUAAAGAAAUAUCUUACUAAAUAUGAAGAAACUUUUGUUGAAUCUCCAAUUCUGACAGAAAUAGUAAAGUUAAUAUAAUUGAUUAUAAUCACAUUUUAUGGCAUGUAUUUGGUAUUAUGUAGGAGUUAAAAGUAUAGAAUUGAAUGAAAUAUCAUGGACACAAGAUCCAAAAUUUUAAGAUUCUGGUAUUAUAUAAAUGUAUAUAUAUUCAUUUUAUUGGGCAACAACUACAAUGGUAACAGUAGGAUAUGGAGAUAUAUCUGGUAAAAAUAUAUAUGAAGUAUUAUGUGCAAUAGUGUUGAUGAUAUUUUCAAGUGGAAUAUUUGCAUUUUCUAUGAAUCAAAUAGGAUCUAUAUUUACAAAUAUGGAUGCUUAAAAAUAAUAAUAUAAGAGAACUUUAUUAUUAAUUAAUUAAUAUAUGAAUAAUAAUUAGGUUGCAGAAUAACUUUAAGGUAGAAUAAGAAAUUAUUUAAAAUAUCAUUAUCAUAAAUAAGAAAAACUAUAUAAAAAUGAAAUUAGUGGUAUCAUAGAUAAAUUACCAACUACAUUAAAAUCUGAAUUAAUUUAAGAUGUAUAAUUUAGAGUUAUGUAAUGUAUUCCAUUUUUUAAUAAAAACUUUUCAGAAGAAAUUCUCCCUUAAAUAGCUUGUGAAUUAAAUUUGUAAUCUUAUACACCAAGAGAAAUCAUUUAUCAAUAAAAUCAAAUAGAUGAAUGCAAUAUAUUCAUAGUAUGGAAAGGAGAAGUUAAUUUAAUUGAUGAUAACUCAGGAAAAGUACUUAAAAAAUUUACUACAGGAUAGUGUUUUGGAGAAUUAGAAUUUUUAACUAAUCAAAAAAGAUUAGGUACUGCUAUUAGCUGUGAUUUCAGUCAAAUUUAUUAUAUAUCUAGAAAUCAAUUCCUAAAAAUACUAAAUUCUUAUAAUCAUGAUUUUUAAUAAUUUCAUUAGCUCAAAGAUGAAAUAUUAUUUAAUUAUGAUUCUUCUACUAUUGAGUGCUAUUGUUGCCAAGAAUCUCAUUCUAUUUGGAAAUGUCCAUACAUUCACUAUAAACCUGAUUUAGAAAGAGUUAUAAAGAAGAAUUUCUUUAAGGAUUCAUAACAAGAACGUUUCUAAUUCAAAAGAAAAGGAAUUCGUUAAAAUGUUUAUUAUUAAGAGAGCUUACUUUAAAGCUCAAAACAUUUAAAAACAUCAAAUGAUUUAGAUAAUAAUACUGCAGGAGAUAUAUAAUAAAUAGGUUCAAUAAAUGAAUCAGAUGAAUCAGAUGAGGAAAGUGUAAAACAUGAAAAAAAGAGUGAUCAAGUAUUAACACUGUCUUAUGCUUUACCUAGCGAAAGUAGAAGAAAAAGUUAGAGAACUAAAUUUAUACCAGCAUCUCCUCUAAAAACAGAAUCCCCACUUCUCAAACCAACUGAUAGACUCCGAUAUGGGUAGAAACCAAGAAAAAGUCUUUUUUUUGCUGAAUAAAGUGUGAUUAGUGCUUUAUAAGCAAAACGCCAUGAAUCAGUAUAAAAAACUGCAUCCUUAGGAUAAUUAUAGAAUUUAAUUAAGUAAUCAACUGGUUAUGAGAAUGAUAAUAAUCCUGAACCAUUAAGUAUUAUUGAAGGAUUAGAUAAAAUGAUAAUAUACUCUAAUUAUUUUCCAGAAAAUAAUUUUGACAAGAUUAUUGAAUCUGUAUUGAAAUACUUAAAAAGAUUUAGAUUAACUAGAGUAUAUAUGAUUCCAAAUAAGUAUUCUUUUGUAAGGUUAUAAAAAUACGAUAAAUUGAAAUCCUAAGGAAAAAAAGCAAUAAUUUUCAAAUAGAAUGAUUUUAUUAGGUGA